CCUCCUCCUCAGGUUUUGUUAUUGUUUUUGUGUUGUUGUUUGUUCCUUUAGUGACUCUACUGAACCAAUUCUGUAAAGUCUGUAUCCUUUGUCAUAUGUGAGCCCUGAAGCCUCUGCUUGGCUAGCUUAGUGGGAUGCUAAUGAUUGGACAGAAGUGUUCUUAACUGCCUGGAACCAAUAAGUCCCCCAGUCUUUGCCAAUGGGCUCUGUGUGUGUGUUGGGGCAUGUGUUCAACUCUACUUUAACCUUCACUUCCUGCUUACACAGAGCCUCAAGGUUAGCCCGAGGAUGAGUAUCAAGUGGAAUGACAGUUUUGAAAAACACAAAUGAGAGCUAUUAUUGCAGUCUGUUAUCUUUUAUUGUUCUCAGACCAGGUCAUUUGCUCUUUGUAAGCACAGGCAUUUUCUGACUUAUAAACACGUCACUUAUAUGUAAACACCGAACUUAUAUGCCUUAGACCUCACAACCACCGCCAGGGGCCUAUGUUGAAAAAACAAAGAGAAAAAUAGAAAGAGCUGUGAGCUUUUAGAGAAUCUGUGGUUUCAUAAGGAAAAAAAAAAAAUUCUGAAAAAGCAGAGAUAGUCCUGGGUAGUUUCUUAGCUGCCUGCAUCCGCAUUACUUGGGAUGUUUUGUUAAAAGUCAGGUUCCUGGCUCCAUCCCAUAUCUUUUGAGUCAGAAUAUCUUGGGUUGGGUCCAGGAGUCUACAUUUUAAACUAGCUCCCCAGGUGAUUCUUAUGCAUACUGAGGAUUGAGAGACAAGGGAGGUGAUCCUGUAGGUGCCUUCCCAUCAGGGACUAAGUGGCUCAUGAUGUUAACUGUGCUCAAAUACCAAUCCCCCCUUUCAAUGCCUGAGUUUUUAAAAAUUUCACUUUUUUAAUUACAUUUACUCAAAUUCCACCAAUUAGAGAUUUAUUUGCAUCUAUGAGAAUAUUUUUUAACAGCUACCGGAGUGAAAAGAUUAACAUUUACUCACAGCUCUUUUAAAAUUAAUCUAAUCAGAGUGCAUUUAUCCAAACAGCUGGUCAAGGUGAUUUACAAGGAAAGAAGGAAGUUUUGUUUCAUUUUAAUUUGACAGGAAGAUAGAUACUUUCGUGGGAUUCAGAAGACUUUAGGGGAAAAAUAGGCCUGUGUUAAUUUAUGCAAUAAAAGCAUGGAUUGAGAGGGAAGGUAGGAAAAGAUACUAGAUAAAGCAGUGGAUACUUGCCCAUUUCAAAAUAUUGUGCAUACAACCAGGAAAGGGAGGAAAACAUUUCUUUCUCCUUUCUCCUUUUAAUAUUACCCGUUGUCUUAGAACCUAGAAUUCAGAUCAGUAAAAUGUGUAUUAAGGAAUUAUGUCAGCUGCUGUAGGGCUACUUAGGCUCUCGUGGGCUGUCUGGAGACCUAAUCACUAUUUAAACCGCUACAUAGAAGGCUCUUUAUUGAAAAAUGUCUUCUGGUUUCCAAAUAACACACUUCCUGAUAUACUUUUUGAUUCAGCCCAUUUGAGAGUUUGAGGUUGGAUCAAAUUUGGAUGCGUGAAAUUUAUCUGUGUUCAAAUUCCAAGCUGAUUUCUCCCAAUCAUCUGUAUACUUUUAGGCCAUUUCUCCUUGAGGAGUUUUGUGUUUGGUUCAUACAAAUUCAACAUUGAAAAAAUAAUUAGGGGAGUUUAGAUUCUUAUCAAAUUUAAUACAUUCAAAAAUGAAACAUGAUUUAAAAAAUUAUUUCACGUUUUGGGUCUUUACUGCUCUGACUUGUCUCUAUUAAUGAGAGUAAUCAAGAGAUUCCUAUCCCCUGCCCCUUCAACCCAGUUUAGGAUGCAUUGUCCUGCCUUCAGUUUCCAGAAUUCUAUUACAAAUGCGUGGACUAGUAAAUCACAUUUCUUAUUUCCUUCAAGGUAUUGCACAGCGAUGUACAGCUAUCAAGUACCACUUUUCUCAGCCGAUACGCUUACGAAACAUUCCUUUCAACUUGACCAAGACAAUCCAGCAAGAUGAAUGGCACCUGCUUCAUUUAAGAAGAAUCACUGCUGGCUUCCUGGGCAUGGCUGUGGCCGUCCUGCUCUGUGGCUGCAUUGUGGCCAUGGUCAGCUUCUUCUGGGAGGAAAGCCUGACCCAGCAUGUGGCCGGACUCCUUUUCCUCAUGACAGGAAUAUUUUGCACCAUUUCCCUCUGCACUUACGCCGCCAGCAUCUCCUAUGAUUUGAACCGGGUCCCGAAGCUAAUUUAUAGCCUGCCUGAUGAUGUGGAACACGGCUACAGCUGGUCUAUCUUUUGUGCCUGGUGCAGUUUAGGCUUUAUUGUGGCAGCUGGAGGUCUCUGCAUCGCUUACCCAUUUAUUAGCCGGACCAAGAUUGCACAUCUAAAGUCUGGCAGAGACUCCACGGUAUGACUGUCCACACUCAAGUCCACUGCUUGGUGGCCCGUCCACAGUGCGGACGAACCUUGAAGGGGACGGAGCAGAGUCUGAGUCAGGAUCCCAAGCACAAAAUCGGUCUUGUACAUUCCAGCCUGUUGCCUGCCAGCCCCUUCUGGAUGACUGAUGUCAAAUCAUGCAGAACCUCCAUACCUUUCUAAGGACAAGACUACUGUGGAUUCAACUGCUUUAAUGACUAUUCAUGCUUUGACGGCGAGGAGUAGGGAGCAGAGCCAUGGAACAUUUCUGGGUUCAGAAAAAGAGGAAACCGCAAUGGAAAAAUUUGUAUGAUUGCCAUUUAUUUCAGAGAGUUUGUACAUAACAAUUACCCGAGAGUCAUUUCUAUUUGCAAAAGGAUUCAUGACAAAGCGAGUAUAAUUUUCUUGUCAUUGUACCAUGCUUGUUAAAUUUAAUGCAGCACCUUCAGAACUUGUCCUUAUGGUGUCUUGUUGUGUCAGCACCAAACAUUUGUGCAUUAUUUGUGGAUGCUUUUUGUCACAGGGAGAUUCUUCUGUUGCCUUAUUUAUUUUUAAUUGAAGUCUCUUCUCCAUCUCUGUACUGGAAUCAAAAUCAUAAGAGAAACAGAUCAACCCUGGAAGAGCUAACCUGUAAUGCUAUGCAGUAUUGUGAGAAGUCAUAUCUGUCGUUCGACCUGUCUCUUUACGUUAACUGGAUUUCUGCAUUAAAUGACUGCCCCCUUGUUAA